AUGCUAAACAACUUGCUUCAAGGGCAAGCUGAUGGUGUAGUGGACACAAGCAAGAAGCUAGCUGAAAUCAACUCCAAGAUCGAGAAUCUCAACACAAGGGUUUACUCUCUGGAGAAUCAUGCUUCUUCUGUUGCUGCUGCUACAAAGCAAGGACAACUACCUGGUAAAGCUAUUCAGAACCCCAAGGAACAGUGCAAGGUCAUCUUCACUCAAGAAGGACUUGUUGAAGAAGAGGAUCAAGAGAGAGUCAUUGAAGAUUUUUGUUUACUGCUGAAUGAUGAAGAGAUUGUUGCUGCUGAGGCUCCUGGAGUCCAGAUUGAUCAACCAGAAGUGCAGCACCUACUGUGGCCAUUCACACUUCACCAGUUGAGCUCGCACAACAAGCUCGAUCGGCAGCUCGAUCGAGUCGAACUCUAG